ACCAGCUGUCCCCAACAACGUCAGUCAGAGAGGAUGAAGAGGUACUUGUCCCAAUAGUGCGUGCAAGCUAUCCCGAUUCUGUAGCCGGUCCUCCUGGUAAUGUCGACUUAGCUGUUCUUACAGUAGCUGUACACCCUCCUGGCUCCGAAGCCAGUCUUCCGGGUGAUUGUGUUGUAGCUGUUCCUGAAAAAGCUGCACCUCCCCUUGAUUUUGUAGCCGGUCGUCCUUGUGAUGUUCUUGUAGCUGCAAACUCUUCCGAUCCUGUACCAAGUUUAUCCGGCGACGCCGCUUUGGCUAUUCCCGAGGAAGCACACUCCCACGGUCCAGGUUCAAAUGCUGUCCAAAUGGAUUCCGAACAACAAGAUGCAUUCCUCACAUAUCACAUUGAUCGUAUCGUCUCAAUGAAACCAAUCAGGCAAGAAAACAUUCACAGGAUCAGAAACAAAAUGAAACCAGGGACCGUUGUAGAUCUACAUGGCAAAAAAGGUGUACCGCUGAUUUAUGGAACAAGUCCAUAUUACGUCAGAAGUUUUCUCAAAAAGCGGAAAACAAUCGGAGGUCAAAGAGGAUUGUUAAGAGACCAGAGACUGCACAACAUAUCUACAGAAGAAGGAUUCCUAUUGAACCGACAUUACCAGUAUUGGAAAUACUUCACAGAGGAUCAAUUUGGAAGAAUGACGUUAUGUCGUGGAUGUGACGACCACAAUGCUGUUACUUUUCUCAUGCUUGAGCGGAAGUCAAAAUGUUUUCUUGAUCAGGAGCUUCUGUUUUACCUGGAGUUUGGAGGAAAGGUGCUCAUUGUUCCAGAGCUACUUGGGGUCAUCGAGGAGGAUGGCUACGUCAAGAUGAUGUUUCUGUACACACCAGGACAUGAUGUAUUAACGUCUGUGGUGAACGCGGGGAGGUUUAUGGAUAACCUCAAGGGUAUGAGGAUCUUCAUGGAACAGCUGGUCCGCGGAAUAGAGACACUGCACUCGAAAGACGUGAUUCUGGGAGGAAUCGGUGGUGGCAUGCUUCUGUUGGAUGCAGAGCUAGGCUCCAGCACCAUUCAAUUCUUCCCGUCCAUAUCAGUGAUGACAAGGACGAGUAUUGAGAAGCAACAUCUCAGAGAAAAUUUUCUGACUGAAUGUCGUCUAGAAGGAAUCGACCCCCUGACACGAUUUAUCUGGGAAGGCAAAGCAAGAGAUAUGCAUAGCAUCGGUCAGUUACUGCAAGGGAUAAUAGCUCAAAUCCAGAAUCCGCCUCCUUUAAUUAAUCAUCUGGUGGCACAUUUACUUGAACCGGACAAGGAACGACGGAUCUCAGCGUCCAGGCUCCGUAAACAUCCCUACUUUGAACAACUACGGAGUCUUUCUAUGGACUUAUGCGACGACAAUUCAGUGUUUGGACGAACCCGAGGAAGUGAACCUGCAUGAAGACCUCUGCAACGUAGGAUGUGACAUCAUCAGAAUUUUAUGUAAUUCUGUUAGAUGGACAAGUGACAUAUUUGAUUGGUGAUUCUGUUAAAACUUACUCAGCGAAAUAGACAUUAGUUUAAACAAUAUUUUAUUCAUUAAUCAAAAUAAUCAAUACAUAUAAAAAUAUUUUUUAUGGGAUGGGAAAACAAGCUUAGAGCUUAUAUUAAUUCCUUUCCCAUGUAGCCAGUAUCAAUGCUACACCACAAACUAAAUAUUCUAUGUAUUAUUUUCUUCUUUUUAUUCCAUAUAAUAUUUACGUACAAUAUUAAGUUUUAUAUUUUUAUAUCGUUUAAAUAUUUUCUUUAUAGAUAUUAUGUUCUUAUUUUCGCUAUAUUCUGAUUAUGGCCCGGCUGGUAAUUUUCGUAUUUAUUGUCCGAUUUACAAGAAAUUUGGUCUAAAAUGUUCACUUCACAAAAUAUAUGCCGGGACACACCGGGUACAAAAAUAAAAGUUAAAGGUCUAGGUAAAAUUUUGUAACUUUUCACUGAUGCACAUUUUGUUGACAUGAUUGACAUAUUUCUGUGAGUGGACAUCGUAGAUUAUGUGUGCAAAGAAUUUCAUUAUAUUUUGAAGUGCCAUGGCCGUAAUUAAUGAAAUUCACCUGAUGACAUGACCUUUUUAAGCUCCUUUGGAUGUUUAAGUUAAUUCAAAUUUUGAAUGCAGGGACUGUGUAAGAAAUUGACAAAUAAGUAUUUCUUGUCUUUUCCCCGUUUGUUUGCUUUUUGUGUUUACAGGAGAAGACUACAGUGUGUUUGAUAAUAACUAUAAAUAUGUAUAGAGUAGCUUUGUUAUUGCAUUAUUGUAUUAUACCGAAAUA